AUGGAUGAAAAAGAAAAAGAAAAGGAAAAGAGGAAAAGAAUAAGAAUGCAAUUUCUUCAUUUUGGAUUAACAACUAUAAGCAUUUGCCGAUUUGUAAUGUUGAGCCCAAGAAGGAAGAUAUUGCGAAUUCAGGAUGCCAAGCUGUGGUUAAUACAAUAUCUAAUGAAUCGCCUCUUACAUUGCCAGGUAACAUUGAAUGGGCCAGUCUCAAAGGCUAUCAUCAAGAACAAUAUUGAUCUGGGAGAAGAUGAAGAAGAGAAAAAUGAGAAUCUAAGAAUCAAGAAAGGACAAACCAAAUAUCUUGACAUGCUUAAAGAUGCGAAACAAAAUGAUAUUCUCCCUGUUUAUUAUAAAAUAGAUGACGAUAAUCAUUUCAGAGUGAUUGUAGUUAAAGGAACCAAAAAGGAUCCAAGUGGAAACUUUGUCACCAUCUUUAAUGCCUCUCCUGACACCUAUGUUUCUCAAAGCUUCGAAGAAGCUCAGAUGGUUAGAAUGAUCAGGAGAAUCUUGAAGAGGUGUAGAGAGGACAAGAUCGAAAGUAUUGCUUUUCCCGCCAUAGGAAUUGGAAACCUCAACAUUCCAGUUGAAGUAUCUGCAAAUUUCAUCAAGAAAGCAAUCAGGAAGAACUAUAUUAGUUUCCUUAACAAGAAUAAAAUGAACACCAUGUACCCUGAAGAUUCCUUUGAUGGAGUAGUGUUUUACCCUAAAGAGAUCAAAAUAUGCAUUUAUGAUGAUGAAAACUACUAUUUAUUCAAGCAGGCAUGGUCACAACCUCUUAGACCUAAAGAACGCUUCCCAGACUACUCCGACGAAGAAGAUGAAGAAAUUAUUAGAAGGAUGAAUACUGAACUAAACCCAGAAGGUUUUGGAACACUUGACUACGACACUGACUCUGACAUAGGAGAUGAUAGUGAAUUAUCAGAUGAAGAAAAUCCCCACAAAGCUGAAAAUUGGAAACCAAUCUACAAAGACAAGCCCCCACCAAGCGACUCCGACCAAUGGGACGUAGAAGGGCUAAUAAGAUGGGAGAAUUACUUAAAAGAUGAACUUGAAAAAGAAGAGAAGAAUAAAAAGAACUCUAAAGCUAAAAGAAAUAAAGGAAGGAAGCCAAAGGAGGAAUCUAAGACUAAACCCAAAGUUAUAAAUAGAAGAAGAGAUAUCGAUUCUGAAGAGGAUAGCGAUGAUGCCGGUGCUGAUGAUGAAGAUGAAGAAGACCAAAGAUCUUCAAAGAAAUCUAACAAGGAAUCUUCUAAGGGACAAAAAUUCGAGGAGGAAGCCAAGCGAAUGAACUUUAGUGAUUCAGAUGGAAAUUCCGACAAUGACUCAAAUAAAUUUGCCAACAAGGCAAGCAUCAGAGGUUCAAACAAGUCCGGAAAAGGAGCAGCAGGAAUUGGCCAAUCACAAAUGAUGCCUGAAAUAAGCGACCAAACCCAGAAAAAGCCUAAGGGACAGAAAGAUACUAGAAGGUUCAUUGACUCAGACACUGACUCAGAUAAUGAUGAAUAAGAAUUUGAGAACCUGUAAUUUGACGAAGGGAGUUUUAGAGGGUCAGUUCAAUUUUAGUCAGUUUUUGAGGUAUAGGAUAGGAAUUAGUAAAAGGACAAAUUAUAUGGAGUU